AUGUUGUCAAAGCUCCCUCACCAACAACAACAACAACACCCUCUCUCCUCCUCCGCCGCCGCCUCCAUGGAAUCAUCCGUCCGGCGUCCACGUGGCAGACCUCCAGGCUCCAAAAACAAACCCAAACCACCUGUCCUGCUCACUCAGGAGCCUUCUUCCAUGAUGAGCCCUUACAUCCUCCAAGUCCCAUCCGGAAACGACGUCGUCGAAGCCAUCAACCGCUUCUGCCGCCGAAAAGGAAUCGGCGUCUGCGUCCUCUCCGGCUCCGGCUCUGUCGCCAACGUCACCUUGCGUCAGCCUUCCCCGGCAGCUCCUGGCUCAACCAUCACUUUCCACGGGAAGUUCGAUCUCCUCUCCGUCUCCGCCGCUUUCCUCCCUCCCCCCGUCUCCAAUUUCUUCACUGUCUCGCUCGCCGGACCUCAGGGACAGAUCAUCGGCGGAUUCGUCGCCGGUCCGCUCGUUUCCGCCGGAACAGUCUACGUCGUCGCCGCCAGUUUUAACAACCCUUCGUAUCACCGGUUACCGGCGGCUUCGGCGGAGUCGAAGGAAGAGGAAGGCCAAUCGCCGCCGGUUUCUGGAGGCGGUGGAGAGUCUAUGUACAGCUGCCACAUGGGUGGCUCUGAUGUUCUUUGGGCCCCCACCGCCAGAGCUCCACCGCCUUACUAA